UCCGAGCUCGGGCACCACUGUGGUCUGCUGCUCUGCCGAGGAGUCCGCGUGUUCCCCGCCGCGCUCAGCUCCACGCCGGCCACCAUGGAGGCACAGGCACAAGGCUUGUUGGAGACGGAACCACUACAAGGAAGAGAUGGGGACGCAAUAGGCAGUGCUGACAUUUCUAGCAUGCUCUCUGAGGAGGAGAAGGAAGAGCUAAAGGCAGAAUUAGUUCAGCUAGAAGACGAAAUCACAACAUUACGACAAGUUUUGUCAGCAAAAGAAAGACAUCUGGUUGAGAUCAAACAGAAACUCGGCAUGAAUCUGAUGAACGAGUUAAAGCAGAACUUCAGCAGGAGCUGGCACGACAUGCAGACCACGACCGCGUAUAAGAAAACACACGAAACCUUGAGCCAUGCAGGGCAGAAGGCAACAGCAGCUUUCAAUAAUGUGGGAACUGCCAUCAGCAAGAAGUUUGGAGAUAUGAGGUACUCCAUCCGCCAUUCCAUAAGUAUGCCUGCUAUGAGGAAUUCUCCUACUUUCAAAUCAUUUGAGGAGAGGGUUGAGACAACUGUUACAAGCCUCAAGACGAAAGUAGGUGGGACAAACCACAGCGGUGGCAGUUUUGAGGAGGUCCUGAACUCCACAGCACACGCCAGCUCACAGAAUGCUUCAGCAGGUCCUCGACAGACCAAGGAUGAGGAGCUGCAGUGCUAGGUCCAGCCUGGGCUGCUGCCGGUCAAUCUGCCUGCUCAUCCCUUGAUAUGAAGAUUAAAAUCCCACUGGGAACCCCAAGUUUUGACAUAUUUAAAUGGGGUCUCCAAAAAAUUUAAUAAAAUGAUUUCUAUUUGCA